UUUAAUUACGCCGCUAUUUAGUAUCGAACGUGCUCGAAGCUGCAGCUGCGAAUUAAAAUUCUAUUUAACGUUCUCGGUCGGACGUCAAACGACGCGGAAACUCGAACGAAUGCAAACUCGAACGCGUUUCAACGCGCGAACGUGUAAUGUAAAUUCCGAUCCUCGGUUAUCACUCUUGUGUACCUUUUUCGCGGCACUCUUGUGUACCUCCGCGAGUUCGCGAGCGUGUUACAAUGUAGUCGCUGAUGUAGUCGCGCGACGUUUCUUCUAUUUUCGUUGCAGGGAUAACGGCGGGACCAAUCAUCCUUCGUCGUCCGCGAGCGCAAUGCGGCAGAGAGAGUGCGGAGGAGAGGACGACGACGAGGGGGGAGGGAGGACUCUUGGACAAUCUGAAAGCAGCGGAAUCGAAGCUCAGGUGGCGGUCCGUCGCGCCGUAGGUGCGAGGUCUAUAAUGGGCAUGCAUGGUCCGUGUGAUUUGCAUACCAAUGAAUGGAGAAUGCGGAUGGAGCAUCCCCGGCAAGAUCGACAGCGGCAGUACGACGCAGUGUUUAUUUAUGUUUCUUCUGAAGGAGAAAGUUAUGUUUGAACCGCCGACGGCGAAAGAGAAUAUGAAGCAAGAGGUACACGCGACGCUUGCGCUCCGGCGACUCCCCGAAAUGUUGGGAAUAAUUUGUGUCAACUCGGAUAAACAAAUGUUUACAAGUUCAUGGAGGAUAUUUUCAAUAUUUAAUAAAUUGGAUAAGUGUCGGAAUACAGAGUGUUGUGAUUUUGAUUUCGUGCGAUUAUUCGCUUCGUGCAGCUGGUCCAAUCCAACCUCAUCCAUUGGUGUCGACGAUCGGUUGGAGAUUCAGGUCUCUAGAGAAUUUUCAACCAAAGAAUGUCAUCUGGCCCUACUGUGCGCCGGCUUGCUAUGUAUUGGGUUGGCAACUAAGUGA